GUGAGUUUCUUUUAAGGUUUUACCAAAGAAUUCCAGAUUACGCGUCCGGUUGACCUUCAGUCUUUUUCAGUAUUUCAUCUGCUUCUGCGCAGACCCUUAAAUGUUAAAUCCCACACAAAUACACAUACAUAUAUAUAAAGUAACAUCAGCAAACGCCAAAGACUGAUCAUGAUGAAACCUGAAUCAGAAGGGUCUUCUACGCAUGAGCCAAAGUAUAAAGGUGUGAGAAAGAGGAAAUGGGGGAAAUGGGUAUCAGAGAUCCGGCUGCCACACAGCCGUGAGAGGAUCUGGUUAGGCUCAUACGACUCACCAGAGAAAGCGGCUCGAGCUUUUGACGCUGCGGCCUUCUGUCUUCGUGGCAGCUCUGCUAAGUUCAACUUCCCUGAUCAACCACCCAACAUUCCUGGUGGAACGUCUCUUUCUUCGUCCCAGAUACAGGCUGCUGCAGCUCGCUAUGCCAAUUCGGUUGUUCCUGAUGCGGUCGCACCCAUGGAAGACUCUACAUCGUCUUCGGUUGUGUUACAUGAUAGUUAUAGCAAUAAUGUGACGGAUUAUGAUAUAUUUCCGGGGUUUGAUGACUAUUUCAUGCAGCCACCACUGAUGAUUUCUCCUCAUUUUGCUGAAUAUGAUGAGGGGAAUUCUAGCGAUGGGGAUAUCGCGCAAGGUCCAUCGUUCCUUUGGAACUAUUAGUCGAUUUGGUUUUACCAUAGUCAGAAAUUCUUGAAAAGUUUUAGUUGCUGGAGUUGCUGACAGUGGUGAUCGUGAUGGUCGUAAUGGUCAUGAUGGUCAUGAAGAUCGAGAAUUCUUCAAAAUCAUCAGUUCCCUUUUGCAUAAUCUCGUGUUUAAUCACGUUUUGGUUUUUGUUUUGGUUAAUUCGGUAUAUUCCUCCAUGCUUGUGAGGUGGUGACCCAUAGCAUUAUUAUCUUUUUAUGUGCUAUGUACAAUACCGAUAAGAUAGCUCUAUAUUUACUUGUAUGUCACAAGAUCAUAUAAUUAACUUUU